AUGGAGAUCUUUGAUUCGGUGCCGCUCUUUCACUCUAACCUCACUCUCCUACCUCCUCUCGAGAUCGCACAUCAUGAGCAGAAGUACGAGCUUGUGAAGAAGUUGCAAGAACUGAAGCAUAUAUGUAGGAUGACUGGUGAUGGAUGCUCCAGCUUUGAAGAGAGCCAACAUUGGUAUCGCUGUUGCUGCUGCUACAGAUCUGCAUGA